CUCUUUCUUGAACAGCCAGCCACCACCAGCAGCGGCAGUCAACUCUCUCUCUCUCUCCUCUCUCUCAUUCUCUUAAAUUUUCUGGCUUCAGACCCUGAAACUCCCCGACAAAGGGGACGAUGAAAAUGAUGAGGGAGAAGAUCAAGAUCAAGAAGAUUGACAACUUGCCUGCAAGGCAAGUGACCUUCUCAAAGAGGAGGAGAGGGAUCUUAAAGAAAGCUGCAGAGUUAUCUGUUCUGUGUGAAUCGGAGGUGGCAGUUGUCAUCUUUUCUGCUACUGGCAAGCUUUUUGAUUAUUCAAGCUCAAGUAUGAAGGAUGUUAUUGAAAGAUACCAAGCGCACAUAAAUGGUGCUGAAAAAUUUGACGAACCGUCUAUUGAGUUGCAGCCAGAGAAAGAAAACCACAUCAGAUUGAGCAAGGAACUUGAGGAGAAGAGCCGCCAGCUGAGGCAGAUGAAAGGAGAGGAUCUUGAAGAGCUGAAUUUUGAUGAGUUGCAGAAGUUAGAACAACUGGUGGAUGCAAGCCUUGGCCGGGUGAUUGAAACUAAGGACGAACUGAUUAUGAGUGAGAUUAUGGCACUUAAAAGAAAGAGAGCUGAGCUUGUAGAAGCCAACAAACAGCUAAGGCAGAGGGCAAGCAACUACCACAAUCAUAUGCUAUCCAGAGGAAAUAUUGGACCUGCGCUUAUGGAGCCGGAGAGGUUGAAUAAUAAUAUUGGUGGUGGAGGAGAAGAAGAAGGCAUGUCAUCUGAAUCUGCUACCUCCACCACCUGCAACAGUGCUCCCAGUCUCUCUCUUGAAGAUGACUCCGACGACGUCACUUUAUCUCUCAAACUGGGCCCAGAAUGUGGGGAAAAAGACAACUCAUUGACUACAAAAAAGAAAUGAUGUAGAACAGAUGACGGAAACAAUCGAAAAUGAGUUGAAGAGACUCACGCGCAAGGAUAAAUCGAACAAACUGCAUAUUUGGGCUCCGAAUUCAAAAUCAGGCCCAUGAUUCGUUGAUUCGAAUAGAACGACGUCAUGAGUAAAGCUUAUUUCUUAGCCAUGUUGUAUGGGCUUUUUCGGGCACCCGAGAUUGUUUAGAAAUUCGAAAUCUAGUUUUAAAGUUUUUACAAUUUUUAGAAACUUUUUUAUUUUUUUAUUUUAAUUCCUUGAUUAA